AGCCUAAAAUUUAGAAAAGUUUCAUCUGCCAAACGCAACUCUAUUUUUUAAAUUAUUUUAACUGUUUACUGUUAAUAUAGCUAAAGUUUCUAAAAAUGCUCAGUCUUUUAAAAUUUAGUUGUUUCACAUUGUUUAGCUCAGCUAGCUAGCUAUUUGUUUUAGCUUAGGUUGUUGUUAGAGCUGAAAAGUGGUAGGCUUUUUAUGCAAGAUCUGGGCUUUUCUCAACAACAUCAAGAACAGCCUUUAAAGUUGAAUUUCCAGCUUUUAAUCCAAACAUACUGAGAAUAAAACUUACUCAGUUUGUGUCAUUAAAUCAGUCACUUUCUACACUGCUAACUCUUUAGUGAGUAAAAUACUAAAUGUUAUUGUUUGAAAAAUUGUGUAGAAUCACAGCCUGAUUAGCCUAUUUGUUAACCACAGUCUUAUUGGUUUUCUUGUAACUGGAUCCUAAUCGCUCAACUUUACUUUAAAAAACAUAUUUAGGUUUAUUGUUGCAUCAUUCAUAAAUAAGUUGUCAUACUUUUGGUGUUAGAUUUACUUUAGUUAUGCUUUUGGCUAGCAUUUAUUUUGGGGAAAAUAUUUUCUCAACAUUUAUGUUUAGCUUUUGUUGAUAAAUAUAGUUUUGCUCUAUGUGGUGUUCUGUUAUUAAUGGUCACUUUAUAAAAAAGGCUAAAUUCAGCUAAAGUUAUCAAACUAAAGCAUUCAGAGCAGUCAGUCAGCUUUAUUCUGACUGAUUGCUCCAUAAAUAAUCUGACACUGCAAAGAUUAAUUAAUGAAUUUAGUUAGAUUUAGUUUCUCCCUGUGGAUCAUUUGGAUCCUGGUAAAUGAACGUUUUAACUUUAACAUCAUUUGAUUGGAACAUAUAGCAGAGACCACAGCCUCCAUAAUAAUCCGGUCAGGGUUGAUUAUUAACCCGCUAACAUGGGGGUGGCAGUUGUUGGGUCCACUACGCUGAACAGCCUGAAGAAGGUUGACCACAUCUGGAUUUUCUUUUAUUAUUCUCCGUUUUUCAUCUCCUCUUCUCAAGCGAAGUCCAGGCUGGCCCUCUGGAAAUGAAGCUGUGUCUUCUUUUGCUGCUGCUGUGCCUCAAUCGCCAGGGACUGACUGAAGAGCCCACUACAGCAGCUCCUGAAGUCUCUCCAGUCACAGAUGAAGAAGAGGAGAAAAAUGUCAAUAACUGUGGGAGAAAAUUCAGCCAUGAGGAACACCGGGCGAUAGGGGGUGCUAUAGAGCAGUUGGGGCUGAAGAUCCUGGAGAAGCUUGCUAUCAGCCCACAGCAGCCCAACGUCAUCCUCUCCCCACUCAGCCUGAUGUUCGCCCUCGCUCACCUCACCUUAGGUUCCCGCAAUGAAACAGAGAAGCUUCUCCUACAAAGUCUUCAGGCCCACAACAGGCCAUGCUUCCAUCACAUCCUGGGAAGCCUUGUCCCUCAUCUAACCCACAGGUCACUGGAGGUGGCGGCACGCAUGUACCUGAGGCCAGGAUUUGAAGUGAAGCUGUCGUUUGUUGAGGAAUCUCUGGCCAGGUACCGGUCCCAGCCCUUCCCUCUGGUCUCUGUGGAUGAGGUCAACCAAUGGGUGGAGAACGUCACCAAUGGAAACAUCCCCAACUUUUUGGAAAGCAUUCCACAUGACGUGGUGCUAAUGCUUAUUAACGGUGUUUACUUCAAAGGUGAAUGGAAGACCCAGUUUGACCCUCAGGUUACCUCAAAGGGAGUGUUUUAUCUUGACAGCCAGAACUCAGUCUCAGUGGACAUGAUGAAGUCUGCCCAGUAUCCUCUACGCCUGAUGAACGAUCCUCAGCUGCAGGCUCAGGUUGCCAGCUUUCCCUUCAAAGGAAAUACCAGCUUCCUAGUCAUCCUUCCCAUAGGAAACGUCUCAUCAGUGCUUCCCAAGCUAAAUAUCUCUGACCUCUACAGUCGUCUACCUCAAGAAAAAUCAAUGCAGGUCAACGUACCAAAGAUGAAGCUCCAAUAUCGACAGGAACUCGAAGAGGCACUGACCAGCAUGGGACUCGGCUCCCUGUUUUCGGGUCCGGACCUCUCUGGGAUUUCUGAGCAGCCCCUCAGGGUGUCGAGCGUCCGUCACGCCACCACCAUGGAACUCAGCGAAGAAGGUGUCGAAGCAUCCGCCACCACCGUGGUGACCGCGAUGCGCUCCAUCUCCUUGUUUUCUGUCAACUCCCCUUUCCUGUUUGCCCUUGUUGAUGACUUCUCUCUGGCCCCUCUGUUCAUGGGCAUCGUCACAAACCCCGCCCCCGACAACGACCCCAUGCCUAACGACGACCCCAACGGGAACAACACCAUGAACGACCAGCCUGGAACCGAGGCGUCAGCUCAACCUGUUGAGCUGAACGUCGAGCUCAACAGGUUGCCAGCAGAGGGCAGCACUGUUCAGUCCUGCAGCGCCCCGGGUGGUGGGAAGGAGCAGCUGCAGCAGGUCGAUGAACAAGAUGGCAGCAGUAGUAAGACUCAAGGAGACGAGCCCUGCUCCAAACCAGACAACUUUGUCCCAGUCUGAAAAAAAUCAUAAUAAAGAAAUGAUACAACAUCUCUUCAGAUAAUUAGAGACACUGACGUCUCCCUUUCAGGUCAAUACAACCAAUAACUUACAGUGACUAGAUAACAGACUGGACGGCUUCUGUAAACCCUCAGUAAGCUAACGUGUCAGCUUGUUUUGUGUCUCACUGUUAGAAGACGGACGCGUCACGUGAUCGUGACAAUAUUCUGCCCUGACACAGGUCUGUAACUGAUUUACAUUUCCUGUUUUUACUAAAUCUUUUCUUUAUUAAAUUUCAAAAAUAUAUUCCAGGGAAUAAAAACAGCCUCUGAUAGGAAAUAUUGUUGGUUUUCUAAAACUGCUACCAUGUUCAUCAGUAACUAUGAAAUAAAAGACCUUAUUGUUGUAAAGAGGUUUGGAUACAUUCAUCUGAUUCUAUAGGCUAAACAUAGAAAUAUUCACUUAAUGCAAAAUCUCAUAAAAACAAACAAUAAUGAAAUGAUCUGGCAGCUGAUUGGUUGGCAUUUGGCCUCUUCAUUUAAAUAAACUUUACGUUUUUAUU